CUGCCCCCUGCCCCGCACGCACUCGGCUCGGCUCGGCUGCGGGCGCCCGCUGCGAUGGCAGAGCCCUCGCUGCCCCUCGCCUUCCUCUGCCUCCUGGCCCUGGCCUCCGCCUGCUACAUCCAGAACUGCCCCCGGGGCGGCAAGCGGGCCCUGGCCGCCCCGCGACAGUGCCUGCCGUGCGGCCCCGGGAACGGAGGCAACUGCUUCGGGCCCAGCAUCUGCUGCGGCGCCGAGCUGGGCUGCUACGUGGGCACAGCGGAGACGCGGCGCUGCGCCGAGGAGAGCUACCUGCCGGCGCCGUGCCGGGCGGGCGGGCGGCCCUGCGGCGCCGGCGGCCGCUGCGCCGCCCCCGGCGUCUGCUGCAGCCACGAGACCUGCAGCCUGGAGGCGACGUGCCUGGAGGAGGCGGGCGAGCGGCGCCGGGCGCCCCAGAACCUCACGGCGCUGGACGCCUCGGCCGGCGACUUCCUCCUCAAGCUGGUGCACUUGGCCGGCCGGCAGCGGGGCGACGCGGCGCCGCUGUGAGCCGCCCCCCGGUCCCCGGCC